CGGAGGAGCAUCAGCUGGACCGCGGGCCCGCAGACCGACAUCUUCCUGAGGAGCUCCGUCACACCGGCUUCACCGAGCCGAGCCGAGCCGAGCCGGGCCGAGCCGAGCCGUCCCUCCAGCUCCGCCAUGAACCAGUCCGCGGGGCUCCGGUUCCGGAGGCUGCAGCAGCCGCAGGUCAUCACCGACGAGCUGCCGGAGCAGCGCGACAAAGGCUCCGGGAGCUCCUACAGUGGGAAGGUCUUCCAGGUGACCCUGAUGUCUGUCGGCAGCUUCCUGCUUCUUCCUCUGCUCGUCAUCAUCCUCAUCCUGGAGUCGCCCAUCCAGCCCGAAGCCUUCAGCCUGAAGGAGCCCCCCCAGAUGAAGGGCUGCUGGGAGCCCAACCUGAAGCUGCGGCAGGCCCAGAGACUCUUCCAGGACCAGAUCAGCGGACCCGAGUCCAUCGCCAACAUCGGAGAUGUUUUCUUCUCAGGAACAGCUGACGGGCAGAUCGUUCGUCUGAUUGGUCGGAGGGUCCAGACGUUGACCAGACUGGGGACGCCGCCGUGUGGCUCCAGGGACCAGGAGUCCAGCUGUGGACGCCCACUGGGGAUCCGGGUCGGACCCAACGGGACUCUGUUUGUGGCCGAUUCGUACCUGGGACUGUUUGAGGUCAACCCCACCACGGGCGAGGCGACCCGGCUGGUCCCCGGGGGACGGGAGGUGGGCGGCCGCCGUCUGUCCUUCAUCAACGACGUGGCGGUGAGCAGCAGCGGCAGGAAGCUGUACUUCACCGCCUCCAGCAGCAGGUGGCAGCGCCGAGACUACCUGCAGCUGCUGAUGGAGGCCACCGCGGACGGACGGGUGCUGGAGCUGGACCUGGACUCCGGGGAGCUGACGGUGGUCAUGGACAACCUGCGCUUCCCCAACGGCAUCCAGCUGCUGCCGGACGAGGAGUCGGUGCUGGUGGCCGAGACCACCAUGGCCCGCAUCCGCCGGGUCCACGUGGCCGGGCUCAAUAAAGGUGGGAUGGACACCUUCAUCGACAACCUCCCCGGUUUCCCGGACAACAUCCGUCCCAGCUCGUCAGGGGGCUACUGGGUGGCCAUGUCCUCCGUCAGACCCAAUCCCGGCUUCUCCGUGCUGGACUUCCUGUCCCAGAGACCCUGGAUCAAGAAGUUCAUCUUCAAGCUCUUCAGUCAGGACGUGCUCCUGAAGUUCGUCCCUCGCUACAGUCUGGUGGCCGAGCUCCACGACGGCGGCGUCUGCUCCCGCAGCUUCCACGACCCCGGCGGCCUGGUGGUGGCGUACGUGAGCGAGGUGCACGAGCACGCCGGCAGCCUGUACCUGGGCUCCUUCCGCUCGCCGUACGUCGCCAAGCUGGACCUGAGUCAGGUGUGACGUCUCUGGAUGGACACUGAUGAGCGGGAGACGGACGCUCCGGAGCUGCAGCGACGCCCGCUGACUGUCCUCCGCUUAGGGUCUGCAAAGGUCAAAGGUCAACUGAUGACGAGAAAAGACUAACGCGAUCAGCCUCCUGUAGGCUCUGCGUUCGUGUGUGUGUGUGUGUGUGUGUGAGUGUUCGAGUGAGCUGUGGCUGUUGAAUUGUGGUUUGACGCAUCAUGACCGUUAUCUAGAACACAGACGGUUUAGGGAUCCCCGGCCAACAUGGCUGCUCUGUCCAUCUGCCGGGAGCAGGCCGGGAAUCGAACCUAUGACUGAGCUCCUGAGGUGCAGCUCACUAAAUCCAGUUAAACCUGAGGUGCAGCUCACUAAAUCCAGUUAAACCAUGAGGUGCAGCUCACUAAAUCCAGUUAAACCUGAGGUGCAGCUCACUAAAUCCAGUUAAACCUGAGGUGCAGCUCACUAAAUCCAGUUAAACCUGAGGUGCAGCAAACUAAAUCCAGUUAAACCUGAGGUGCAGCUCACUAAAUCCAGUUAAGAUUUAGGCUUCUGCCGCUCA